AUGAACAGAAAGAGUUCUGGUUCAAUCCCGGUGGCCGGCGACGGCGUGGCGGCUACGCUGCUCUUGCUCGGAGCAGCAGUCGUCCUGAUUAUGUUAUCUUCUGGUACCGCAGAUGCACAGAUUAACAACAUACUUUGUUGCAAAGCCUGCGAGACCGUAGCGGCCGACGUAUGUUACGCGAAUUGCACGGUAAACGGAGUUCUGGUUCCUACCUCAGCCUGCGUCACCGCCUGCGGCCAAAACUACAUUAGCUGCGCCGCUCCCUGCGGCACCUGCGCUCCGGUGGAAUCGGUGUUUUGUUGCCAAAACUGUAGGCUUAAGAGCCAAGUAUGCUAUGACAAUUGCCUUGUCCAGGGCUCCGGGAGUGCCCAGCCGGACUGCGUCUACAAUAACUGCGUCAUCCCUUACGCCGCUUGUGCCGACACCUGCCCCGGCGGUUGCGUCUGAUCGACGAUUGAUCGGAGGAUAUCAUAGAGAUCUAACAGUAAAAGAAGACAAUCAAUUUCAACAAAAAGCAACUAGUACUCGGGCGGUUCGUACUUGGCAAAUGGUCAGUUCCUUCAUGCUUUCGCCUCACAUAAACGCAGCAUUUUGGAUUUCGAGAUGGCAGAGCUAAUGGCUUUGCGGGAAGCUCUCUACCUAGCACAAAACCCAAGCCUGUCAAAUUUUCAAAUCGUGGGGGAUUCGAUCAACGUUAUUUUGGUAGCCAGAGGGGAUCUGGAUGGCCAUUCCUCCUCUUUGCCAAUCAUUGCUGAUACCAGGUGCAUUCUGCAAACUUUUCCUAGCGUUAAUAUGUUCUGGAUAAGUAGUUCCGAAAAUUUAAUUGCUCACGAAAUCGCUCAUUAUGCGAAUUUGUACUGUAAGGGAUACCUUUUGGUCGUCUGGAUUGUUUAUCACUUACUGUUGGCUGAUUUUAUCGUUUUAUAAAAUAUCUUGUCCUUAAAAAAAAAAGAAAGAAGAAGCCAAAUCUGAUCUCUUAGACGAAUUUAAGAGUAAAGCUAAUAAAACAAAUCAAAUAAUC